ACUCUGGCACAUGCCGCAUUUGCCGAUUCGCGAUACUUUUCUGUAGAAUAAAUAUAACAUCUCAUUUCCGAGUAUUAGGAUCGUCCGCCAUUUCUUUCUUCGCAAACAGGAUAUUUCUUAUCUUUGUCUGUCCUUCUUACGUUCAAAAAAUACGACGGUCGAGUGGUCACUUCGGGUUCCAACCGUUCAGCUUCGGUUCGUGGAGGCGUGGCGUCUUACUGAUUGUACGCGCACAAUUUUGUUUGCUUGUCGUGUAUGUGUAUGUGUGUGUGUGUGUGUGUGUCUCUCUCUCUAUCUCUCAUCAACUAUAUGCAUGUUUUUGUGAAUUCUCUUUUUCUACUGUGUGUAGUGCAAACACCCACACACAUAUACAUACAUCUAGACGUGUAAUACUAGAUGAACGCCUCCAUGUAUUCCCUCCGUUAAGAAAGCGAUUGUGAUUGCGCAAUAGUAAUAAAACGGAUUCCGGAACGUGUCAUGGAAACGGGAUUUUUGAAUUUUCACGAUGAGGAACAUUUCUCAGAUUUUUCCUUACCUUUGGACGAGCAUAAUUUAAUGGAAAAUCCUCAUGACUUGUUAAUGCAUAUAGUAGAAAAUGAUUUUGAAUAUAUGGAAACACAUCUUGAUGCUGCCAAUUCUGAUAUUAUAUGGGGAAAUGAAGAAGAGGAUGAUGCCAAUAUAGUAGAUUUAUCAGUAUCAGAUGUUAAUUCUGUUGUAAAUAAAAUGGAUAUUAAAGAAGAUUUUGCAAAAGUUCUUACUGAUUGGCAGGAACAUAUUGGAUAUUUGCAGGCAUCUGAUAUGGAAGAAUACAUGGAAAUUAUAGGAUUAAAUAUGACAGCAUCAGAUAAAAAGAAUUUUUGUUUUGAAAAUUCAACUUCAUAUGUCACAGAAAAUGAAGUUAUAGAAGAAAGAAAUAUUGAAACUAUUGAACAUAUAUCUAAUGUUAAAGAGGAAAACAAGGAUGAAGGAGUUGCUGAUUAUAAGUCAAAUUGUACACAAAAUAAAAAUAAUAAAAAUUCUAAAAAGGAAUUAAAUAUAAAAAAGAAAAAAUCUACAAAUGAAAAUAAUACUACUUCAACUCAAAGUAAAAUAACAAAAAAAACACGCAAUGAUGCCAAAAAAAUUCCCACAAAACAGAGAAAAAGAAAAAAGAAUUCAAAAGUGCAAAUUCCAAUACAAGUAAGUCAAGAAGCAGAAACUGAAGAUUGCGUUGAUAUUGAAACAGUGUCCGAUGAAGUGCCAGUGUUAGAAGCUGGAGAUGUUAAAAGUUUACUAGAACAAUUUGAAGCAUCUGAAAAUUCUGCUAUGAAGACAUUGUGUCGUGAUAAAGUUUCAACAGAAUCAAAUCAGAGUGUGUACAUACAAUCAAGUAAAAUACAACCGUCCACAAAGCCAACUUUAUCUGUCCUCCCAAAGAAAUCAACUAAACAAUCUUCGAAUUUACAUAAAAAUAUCCGCGAUUCACUGCCUAAAGAAGUGAUUGAUAGGAUAAAGGCGUCAGGACGUAAGAGAGUAAUUUCUGUAAUUCCUGCAAUACCAAGUACUCAAGGGGGAAUUCGUAGUAAUGGCACACGAAUGCAAGAUGCUGCUGCUACAUUAACGCGAAAUAAGCUUUUGAAAAUAGUCACUAAUAAUGCUAAUACCAGAACAAUUGAUGGUGGAUUAGUCCAGUUGGAUCAUGAUUAUUGUAGCAGUUCCAGUUCCACUAUUAACAGUUUGAACAGUAAUAGUGAAUAUGAAAAACAUUCUAGUGAUAGUGAAAAAAUUGUAAGCAAAGACAAUAAAUCUCAACAUGAUUACCAUGCUACAGUUACAAACCGAACAAUAGUUACUCAAUCUAAAAAUCUUGCAAAGAGUGAAGAAAGUCGCGUUGAUAGGAAUAUAAAAAAAGACAGUGGUUUAGAAAUCGAAGAAAUAAGUGACAAUAGUGAAGAACUUUCAUCAUGCAAGAAUAAUCGUAUGAAUGAAGUUAAAAAACAAAUAAGUAAGCAGACAAAAGAGUGUCCCAAAGAUACUCAAUUACAGGAACAAAAAAAUACAAAACAUUCUUCGAGAAACUUAAUGUUAGAAAAUAUACCAAAAGCUCAGAAUGCGUCCUUAAAUAAGCCAACACCUGUUUAUGAAAUGAAAAUACGUUCGGCUUUGGCUACAAGCAUUCUACAGUUAAGAAAAGAUGCAUUAAAUAAUGUAAGAUCAGUACAACCUAACAAGCAAAUGAUUUCUGUAUUAAAAAAACCACCAAAUACAGUACAGCCAAUUCUUACCACUAAUCCUAAUGAGAGUAUAGUAACUACUACUAAUAGCUCAAAUGACGAGAUACAAAAUAUCAUAAUUCAAAAUACUCAAGAGUCUUCGAAAGAAGAAACGAAAAAGCCUCCUCGUAGAAAAUUAAAUUUAGCUGAAUACAGAAGCAGAAGAGAGCAAAAUCGUAGUGAUAGUAGCAGAACAAAUUCACCCAUUCAACCAAUGGCAUUAUUAUAUGUUCAUCAUGCUUCCACUACAACCGAACCAAUCAAAGAUAACUCUGGAAAUCUUAGUUGGUGUGAAAGAGAAAUUAUUUCAGUUUUGAAACCAAAAGCGGAUCUAGACGAAGAAAAAGUGAAACGGAAACCGCCAACUAAUGAAAUGGGAAUACAAACAUACGAAACAGUGUUUGAAUUUCCUACGAAAUCUUUAGUGGAUAUUGAUGAGAGAAAUGAAGAACAGAGAAACAAACGCAUAAGGGACAAAAAGGAGGAGCGGACUUAUAAAAAACGCAGGAUUACUACCAGUUCAAGUCGAUCGAGAACAAGGAGCAAAAGCAAAAGCAGAUCUUACACUAGGAGUAGAAGUAGAAGCAAAAGUAGAAGUAGAAGUACAAAUAGAAACAAAAACAGAAGUCGAAGCAGAAAUAGAAGCAGAAGCAGAUCUUGUAGGCGCAGUAAUACUCGUCGUCGAAGAAUAAGUCACCGUCGCAGUUCAGUUAGUUCCAGCACGAGUUGGACAUCUCAUUCUCGGUCAGAUACGAGAUCCACUUCGAGAUCUAGAUCGCGAUAUUCAUGUUCGCGUUCUAGAUCAUCAAGAUCAAGGACACGCUCAAGAACAAGGUCUUCCUCCCGAUAUUCUAGUUGUUCAAGGUCUUCCUCUCGUUCAAAUUUCGGAAAGAAGAAAUGGUCGAGUCGCCGAAGAAGGGGUAGUCGCGAACGCAAAAGAAGUUACGAUAGGCACAGACGACGUUCUACAGAUAAUUAUCGCAACUACAGAGACUGGAGGAGAUCACCACCGAAUUCUUAUCGUAGACCAUACGAUAAUUGGUAUGACAGAGAAAAGCAAAGACAACUUCAAGAAAGGAGAAUAGUCUAUGUUGGAUGUUUAGAUGAAGGAAUUACUAAAGCUGAUCUACGUAGAAGAUUUGAAGCCUUUGGUCCAAUUGUAGACACAAGUGUACAUUUCCGUGAACACGGAGAUAACUAUGGUUUCGUAAUAUUCGCAUAUAAAAAUGAUGCAUACGAAGCUAUAGAACAUGGAAAUGAUGAUCCAACUUUGCCUAGAUAUGAGUUGUGCUUUGGAGGUCGUAGAGCAUUUUGCAAAGUAAAAUAUGCAGAUCUUGAUGGCUUAGCUAGUAAUUCACUUAAUGGCAGUAGCCUAUCACAAGAUAACGAAGAUAACACAUUUGAUCUUCUUCUAAAAGAAGCGAAAGCUAAAUUACGUAAGCGAAAGGUUUGACAUAUGUACUGCUUAUUAGUUAUAAAUGUAAUUUAAACAAAAAUAGUGCAGAUAACAUUAUCGACAUACAAGACCAUAAUCGAAUAAAGCAGUACGUAUCUUUCGCGGUCAAAAUGUAGCAUAAAUUACAUAACCGCGAUGAAGUAUGAAAGCAUCAUAGUAAUUUCUUUCAUACAAUAAACAAAAAAGGCAUGUAUUGCAUACCUUCAGAAACCUUUCAAGUUAUGGUCAAAUACUGAUGGAUGAUGAAAGAAAUAUAUAGCUUAAAUUCAUCUGCGUAUUAGACUCAAUAUCAAACGCAAUUAUCCAAAUAUCCAUGUAUUGAGGGAGGAGGGAAUAGAUUUUAUAUGCAUAUAUUGAUUGCUUCUAAAAAUUCUUUGACGCUAUACUAUAAGAUAAUUUAUUAAUUAUGUUACGAUAAUUUACUUACACAAUUCUUAUUUUCAAAUACGCAUAUUUCUUGAGACACAAGAAAUUUAUUUUAGCUGGCAGACAUUGAAGCUCGCACUUGUAGGUUAAUAUGUUAAUAGACUUGUAAAAAUAAGCCCGUAACAUAUGUGCGAUAAUCUUCUAACAUUUGUAUAUUCUAUAUUGGGAAGUUGUAGUUCCUAUUUUUCUUGACUUCCUACUUUGAUCCACUCCUAUAAAUCGUGAUUAUAAUUUAUAAGUUUCAUUGAAAGCCAGUUAAAAGUAAACAUAGAAUUCAUUAUGCGUUUCAAAUAAAUGCCAAGUAAUAUUUUAAUUCAAAACUAUCCUUGAUUUGUUGCACGUGCCUUUUUUUUUUUUCUUUUUUUUUCCCCUGUAAUCUAUAGAAUCUAAUAUUUUGACUUGGGCAUUUAUUUAUAACGUGUUGAUUAAAAAUGUAUGUUAAAUUCUUUUAAGUAUCAUUUUUAUGCGUAUACCUUCAACGAUGUAUACGAUGUUUUCUAAUCGAUUGUGUUUAUUAAUAACAAAGAUGUAGGAACUUAACGAAUAUUGAAUAAUGAUUUUGAUUUUUCGAUAAUAAUUGCGUUGUAAACGAUAUUACGAACAUUUAUAGGUUCGUCAAAUUGUUAUAAAUAUCUUUUACUGCCAGUUUAUCUUAUAAAAUAAUCAUAUAGUUCGGCAUUCAUGUCCAUAAGUAUUUUAUUAUUUUGUCUUAUUUGAUUUUGAUUCGAAAGACAUUGCGCGAAAUAUUUACGUGCGGAAACAAAAAGAUAUUUUAUACCGAUGGUGGUUACUUGUUACUAUUAAACAUUCUGCCGAUUAUAAUUAAUCGAAAGUAUAUUCAUUCAGCAAAUGAUAAGUUAAUGAUAAUAUUGCGUAUAUCUUUGCGCAAAAAUUUAGUAAUACAUUACAUAAGGAAAGAAAAAAAAAAAUAUAGAAAAACUCAAAAAAUUUAAAUAAUAAGACGUCGAGCACAUAUUCCGUUGAUAAAAUUUUAAAGAAAAUAUCUAUGAUGUUCACAUAACGUUAACUUGUCCUAGAGCAUCAUUAUUGCGCGCCCUAUCUACAUCCAUGUGAAAGGGCUAAUGUUUGUUCGCAAAUAAUAUUAUACCUCAAAGCUCUCUGGAAUUGAACGAUUUUUUAAGACUUGAAUUUUCUUUUAUGAAAUUUUCAGUGUGACGAUAUUUCUUGUUUAUUAUAUCAUAAUAAAUUUAUUUAUAUCUUACAUAUUUAAAAAAGAAAAAAAAAAUAAUGUACAUGUGUACCAGUAAUUUUAUGCGAACAAACGAAAGUACAUUAAAACAUCCAUGUACGUUAAAAAAACGUACUGUUGUUAAUUUAUUCCUAUCUCCUUGCGUUCGUAAGAUGUAUUGUAUAAUCAAUAACUAAGUAUUAAUUGUAUUUAAAAAUUGUACUCACUCAUCGACAUGCAAAAAACUGACUUCAUAAAGCCGUAAUUCUUUACCAUCUUCAGAAGUCAAAGAUAACGUUGUCUCAUAUACUCGUAAAUCAGUCGGUAAAAGAUGAACAAUCAUUGGAACGUACUGAUUUGCUAAUCUCACGUCUGCGUACAUAGUAAUAUUUAAAAAAUCAAUCCUUUAGCAUAAUUCAGAUAUUAUAUAAACGAACAAAAAAAAUUUUAAACAAACAGCAAGAAGGGUGACACUUACAAUUAAGCAAAUAUACUUACCAUUUAUGAUAAAUAAAGUCUCUGGUACUGUGAGAAGAUCACUUUCUUUUGAUGCAGAAACAGAGUACAUAACUUUUGCUUUAAAUAUAUGCGUGAAUUCUAAAUUCGCGGUCUCAGUGUUAUGACCCAUGAACCAGUGUAUUAGUCUUAAUCCAAUAUAUGUGUCUAAUAAUUGAUACGUCAUGUAACUUCAUAAAAUAGGUAUUUUCAUUGAAUGAAAAUGAAAAAAAAAAAGAAGACAACUUAGUGUUACCUAAAUAUCGAGACCAGAACGCCCGUUCUUUGACAUUUAAUGUUUUCUGGAACAUAUGGGCUAUACAGUCCCAAAGUUUAUUAUUCCGAGAUGGUAUAAGAACUGUAAUGUUACAUGGACAAUCCGCAUUCGAUCCUCGGUCAUCAGUGCAAAUACACUCUUUGUAUUCUUUAUUAUACUGUACCACAAUAUGAUCGAUUACAGUUGGUUGACAACGUGAAAUUAUCUAUAUUAUUAUAUUGAUAAAUGUUAAUUAUAUGCACAUAAUUUAUAAAUUUUUUAAUAAGAAUUUAAUACUUGAAUAAUGAAAUCGCCCGUUUCAGAUAGACAAAUGAGCCAACAUUUUCUAGUAGUAGGUGUUACACAUGCAACGGUGAUUCCUAAAUUAACCUCCGUUACAUCUUCAUCAACUGUGAUAAUCUUUUGGUUCAAAAAUAAUCUUCUAAGUACUUUUCUUGUUCGUAAUUCUGACCAUUUUGUCAUUUUUAAAUUUGCUAGAUAAAAAUACUUGUAUUUAGUUUCAGACGGAUAUUUUGACAUGAUGUAUAUAUUACAUGUAUUAUUCGGUUGCUCUUCCGUCAUCCAUAUUUCGUAAUCUGCUGCAUUUUUAUAUGGUAUUUUAAUGAUUAAAAUGGUAUUCAAGAUUUGAUAAAGUUUACUGCGUAUGAUGUGUUUUUGCGAUACUUCUAAGUUGUUAAUGUUACCUUCCAAUAUAUAAGUUUGAUUAAUACCAAAUUGUGGGCCAUAUGCAGCACCGCAUAGAAGUAAAUACGCUACAAAAUAUAUGAUUAUGUAAACAUAA